AUGUUUGAAGAAGAAGAAGAAGAAGACACCACAACUUAUGUCACUGACGGCGUCCCCCUCGAAGGAGUAGAGAAUUUAGCAGAAGCUGAUGAAUCUAAUAAUAACCUACGAUUGCACAUCAGUCUCUCUUCGGAACAAAUCAAAGAUGUUACCGGAAAUUCGAACGCGGGACCACGAUCCUACUGUUGCGCGAUUUGCAUGAAAGUCUGUUCUCGAAAUACGAAUCAUCUCCACGAGGAGCUCAGUGUCGAGGAAAACCAGUACGCGACUAGAGAGUUCCGACGCCCACUCCGUACACCGUCCAAAGUGCACGAACUGUUCAAUCCGAAAAUAACGUUAUCGAGAAGACUGGAACUUGUGAGAUCCGCGUGUCAAAGUGAGAUGAAUCGACAAGAAGUUGCUUCUCGUUUAUUGACUGAACAAUCGGCGGAAAACGUGAAAGCUGGUCAGAGACACAAAGCCAAGCUUGAGAUCAAUGAAGCUGGAGAAGAGGAGGAAGAAACUUAG